AUGUUAUCGAGAGGAUCGAUAAUGACUGAGAACAGAUGGACAAUUAAUGAAUAUGUAACGUAUAUUCUCUUAACAUUGGUGUUUCUUGCAUCUUGGACAGAUAUUAAUGGAAUCUUUGCUGAAUUACCACAGAUAAUCUUAACUCAACCUGAAGGUGCGAGACUCGGAGCAUAUCUUGCAUUAAUCACGAACUUUGGUAACAUUGCACCAUUGAUACUCAUUCUUAUCAAAUGUUUCAACAAAAAACAAACACUUAAUCCAAUUCCGAUUAAUUACAUUGUGAUUAGCAUUGGCAUGGCAUCAUGUUUUUCAUUGAUUUUCUUUUGGCAAUAUACGAGAAUGAUAUUCAAUCAAAAUUACAGUAUUGCAUUGUUGAUCCUUGCGUUUUUUCUUUCCUUAUUGGAUUGCACAUCGUCGAUUUCAUUUGCGGAUUAUAUUCAGAAAUUUCGAGCUGAAUUUACCAGCGCUCUUUUUCUUGGUGAAAGUUUGACAUCGAUCGUUCCAAGUUUACUGGCUAUUGCGCAAGGAAACGGUCAACUUCGUUGUACAUCCAUCAAUGGUACGAAUGUGACAGAAGCCGUUUAUGAAACUGCAAGAUUUUCAGUUUCGCUCUACUUCCUAUGUUUGUUUUUACUUUUAACAAUCUCAUUUAUUUCAUUUGUACUUCUACAAUGGACUUCAAUUCCUCAACACGCAUUUCAGAUUAAUCGUAAAAUAUCAUUAAAACCCAAUGAAGAUAAUCAGGAAACAACAAGUACACUUUUCCAGCAAAAAUCUCCUACUUCGUCCGAAUCACUUUCAUUGAACAGAACGUCAUAUCUCCUGCUUUCAUUCGGAUGUACCUACACAAGUUCGAUUCUAUUCGGAAUGCUUCUCUCAAUCUCUGCAUACGUUCUCAUGCCAUACGGACAAGAAAUAUUCUAUCUCGGAACUAUCCUAUCGCCAUGGAUGUUCACAUUAGUCUGGAUUUUAGGCAUGAUAAAACCAUCUGUAUCGAAACGUUCGAUAUUACUUUUGAUUCUAAUGGGUACGAUGACAUUUCUAUUCGAAUUAUUCAUCGCAUUGAACAGUCCUUGUCCAAUGUGGGUACAUACAAUGAAAGGAAAUGUUUUGAUAUUGUCCAUUUGGCUUUGUACUUAUGUGUUAUUAGGAUACCCACGUUUAGUAAUCGCUAAUUAUGUUCGAAAUUACUCAUCGAGUGGUAUGUUUUGGUACGGUGUUAAUGUUCAAUGCGGAGCAUUGAUUGGCUCCAUUGUUGCGUUUUUGUUAAUUGAAACAUUUUCGUUAUUCCGUGAAGUAAUACCUUGUGAACCGAGUAAAUGCUGA